AUGGCGGAUAUCCUCAUCGUCGGCGGCGGCACUGCUGGCGUCGUCCUAGCUUCUCGACUGCACCAGAACAAACCAGAGCUCUCCAUUCUCCUCAUAGAGGCAGGCCCCGAUGUCACCAAUCACGCGCAUAUCUCGAAUCCUGCUGAAGCUGCGUUUUUGCAUGGCUCAGACCUCGACUGGAUGUACAUGACCGCUCCCCAGAAACAUCUCAAUGGCCUUCCCCGCUACAAUUGCGCAAUCAAGGGCUUGUCGGGCGGCACCAUUAUCAACACCGGCGGCUGGAUUCGAGGUGAUGCCCUCGACUAUGAUGAGUGGGCGAAGCAAGUGAACGAUCCGCGAUGGAGCUACAAUGGCCUUCUUCCAUACUUCAAGCGUUCUGAGCACCAUUUUGACCCCAACGCCGAUCCUGCCCAACAUGGAUUUGAUGGCCCAAUGCACACCGCAUCUAUCAGCUCUUCUGGCCGCAAGUUUCCCCUACGAGACACCAUUCUCAAGCUCUGGUCUCAUCUCGGCCUGAAAUACGUACUCGAUGCGAACAACGGUCAUCCACAGGGCAUUGCGGAAUUAGUCGAGAACUGGCGAGAUGGAAAGCGACAGAUCGCCAGCUCCGUCUAUCCACUUGAUGGAGUCAAAGUCCUGACCGACACUCUCGUGCGUCGCAUUCUCCUGGGCAGCGAGAAUGUUGCUGAGGGCGUGGAGUUGGCCAAUGGAGAGAAGCACAUGAUCAAACCAGAUGGUCAAGUCAUCGUCUCUGCUGGCGCCUAUCGUACGCCGCAACUCCUCCAGCUUUCAGGCAUCGGCGACCCAGCACAGCUCUCCCAGCGUGGCAUUGAAACAUCCGUCAACCUCCCAGAAGUCGGCAAGAACCUGCACGACCAUCUGAUGCUCUUCAGAUACUGGAAGCUUCGCCAUCCAGAGAAAGGGCUUGCUCUCGGAUCUCCAUCAUUUUCUGGUCCCAACUUUGAGAAAGGAGGACCAGUUGACUGGCUGGUCACAGCACCUAUUCCCACCGCACCUCUGAAAGCAGCCAUCGAAAAAGAUGAAGGCCCAGUUUCAGACGACCAUGCCCUAUUGAAAGGUCCACGAAGCCAUCUAGAGAUGAACCUUCUCUACGCCGCUGUCGCCGCAGAGACGCAAGGGCUCCAAAUCCCUCUGGACGGAAACUCUAUAAUGACCUACUAUAUGGGCUGCCUACCCACCUCCCGUGGCUCCAUCACUCUCGCCUCAAGUGAUCCAGCCGCCCAACCCGUCAUCGACCCUAACUACUACGCCACGGAGACAGACAAGCACGUUAUGCGUGAAGGAUUCCGCAUGCACACUCGACUCAUGUACGAUACGCCAGAAGGAAAAGAACUUGUGGUAGAAGAACAUACUCCCCCCGGGCUACCGACCCUUGGAUUAGAUGCUUCAGAUGAGCAAAUCGAUGAACGGAUCAAGUUCGGCGGGUCUACCGUAUUUCAUCCUGGCGGGACGGCUGCUAUGGGAAGCGUUGUUGAUGGUUCGCUCAAAGUCAAGGGCGUUCAGAGACUGAGGGUGGUUGAUGCUAGUGUGAUCCCUCAGCCGCUUGCUUCGCACUACCAGGUCGCGGUUUAUGCUAUCGCUGAGCAGGCUGCCGAUAUCAUCCUGAGUGAGCUUGCUUGA